CGAUCAGAUAAAAUUGUGCACCGCCACGCUGAGUCAUUUGCCUCUCUCUCUCCGCAUGACUCCCGCCGCCAGGCGCUUCCAGCAUCUGCCAGAAAGAACAUUAUUAAACAUUUACUUACUCUAUUCUUCCCUUCACAUAUCUUAACUCCUCACCUUUCCUCUCCAUACCUCCCACUCUCAAACCAAACCCAUACUCAGAAAAACCACCAAAAAUGUCCCCAAUACCCACCCCCAACCAACCCACCUCCUCAUCAUCAACAGCAACAGCAACAGCAACAGCAGCAGCAGACGCCGACCUCGACGCCAUCGGCUCCCACUGCUCCCUCCCAACCUGCAACCAACUCGACUUUCUCCCAUUCCGCUGCCCCUCCUGCAAGGGGACAUAUUGUCUCGAGCACAGAACCGAAACAGCGCAUAAAUGCCCGAAUGCCCGAAUUUCACCCUCACCGUCCACAACCUCCAAAACUCAGCAACAACAACAACAACAAAAACCCAAUAUAUACACCGCAGAUCAAUGCGCGCAUGUUUCGUGCAAGACACUCAUUAAUACUCUCACUGACCCUGGUGUGCGGUGCGAUCAGUGUCGGAAAGAGUAUUGUCUCAGACAUCGGUUGAGGGAGGGGCAUGAUUGUCGGCCUGUCUCUAUUAAUGGUAGGAAUGGUGCUAGAGGAGGGAAUAAUGUAGGGGGAGGGACGGAUACGCUGAAGUCGAUGUUUGGGAAGUUGCGCGCUUGGGGGAAUAAACCCUCUUCUGCUUCUACCAGUGGUAGUGGUAGUGGGAGUGGGAGUGGGAGGAAACCACCCAGCCGGGCAGUGCAACUGAACAGCAUGAAACGCACCGCCAAGGGAGAGAACAACAUCCCCAGUGACAAACGGAUCUAUUUACAUGUUGUGGGGACGAGCGAGACGACAAAUAAGCCGGCGACGGAUCCCCCGCGGGGAGACUUUUUCUUCGAUGAGAGGUGGAAGGUGGGGAGGGUGUUGGAUGAUGCGGCGAGACGGUUGCAGGUGGAGAAUGUGAAUAAUCGGGGCGGAGGGGAGGAGGAGAAGUUGAGGGUGUUUCAUGUUGAGGGGGGAGUGUUUUUGGAGUUUGGGGAGAGUGUGGGUGCGAAGGUGAAGUCUGGGGAUACGGUUGUUUUGUUGAGGGGGGCGGGGGUAAUUUUAUAGAGAAACCCUCCGGAGGGAGGGAUUUUGAUCUAUGGUGUAGAGGGGGGAAUGUAGAGUAUAUACCCUUGCUUGUUU